GUUGGUUGUAAAAUAAAAGUUGUUUGUUUUGCGCACAGGAGUGUACCCAUUAUCCAACCUACAGCGGUGCUCGAGAACGCAAAACAAGCGUCCUUUAAAAAAAAUAUCAUAGCUAAUAAUUGCUAACAGAGGCUGAAACUGUUGAAGUGGUGAUUUGAAUCGAUAGCUGAAAUCCUGCUCAGUAUCCGCCCAGUUAAGGUACUUCCGGUACACUCUGGUUCCCAAAACAAACAGACAACCUAACGCACGGCUUCAUUGCUGGCAGGGUGAGCCACUGGUGCAAGUUAGAGAGCGAUGGAGAGAGACGGCAGGACAUCGUGGAUGAAAUAUGGGCCUGUUUUGUCCCUGUUUGUGGUUUUUUUGGCCUUCUGGUUCCGGGCACCCCAGAAUGCAGACCUGGAUGACCGGCUGGACACCGUCCUGUCCUCUCUGCUCCGGGCUGAAGGCAAAGUCGGGAUGAAUGACGUCGCGAGACCAAAAGUGGCAGUUGGUUUCGGAGGCUGUGUUGACCUGCUAGUGGACGGGGUAUCGCUGCUUAAUAAGAUUGGCCUCCCUUCCACAGACCAGCCCCUACAUCAUGACCUCCUAGAAAAUGAAGUGCAGCUGGCUCAGAGCUUUGCCUACUUCUUUGCACCGGGAGCUGCUGCAGAGCGCUUUAUGCUAAAUGAUACUCUGUUCAGUGAGCUGGUCGAAGCGUCCCGAGACUUACCAGGAAACAGAUGGGCAGUAGGCGGCAAUGCCCCGGUAAUGGCUGGUCGCAUGGCAACAGAAGGAUGUGAUGUAUUGCUAGGGGGAAGUUUCAGCCCUGAUUUUACUGAUGUCCUGUCCCAGCACAUUACAGUGGCAGGUAACAUAUUGGAAGAGCCAGACAUUCAUCUGAUCCUGGAGUAUCCAUCCGGUGCUAGCUGGGGUCAUUAUACGUCACGUAGAGCCAACAGAUAUAUCAUCCACAGUGAUGAACAUAACCCCUACUUGGACUCCAUGGCAGCGUUUGCAGAAAAUCUCAAAGGCUUUGAACCAGAUCUGCUGGUGGUGGGUGGGCUGCAAAUGAUGGAUAACUUCCCGUUCCAGUCAGGUGAGCGGGACGCUCUACUCUCCCGCCUCGCCGACCUCCUGUCCUCCUCGUCUCCACAGAUUGGUGUCCAUUUUGAGAUGGCCAGCUUUGUAGAAGAGAGUAUAAUGGAAGAACUACUUCACUACGUCAUUCCUCAUGCCGACUCUUUAGGGAUGAAUGAACAGGAGCUUCCCAACCUGCUCAGUCUGCUUAAAGGCUCCAACAUCACAGUCUUGUCCGACCCAAACCCUCGUGUGGCUACUGUCCUCGACCAGAUGAGGGAGGUCUAUCGCAUUGUGAACCUUCGCUCCAAGGAUGCCAAUGCAGAAAGUGACACAAAUGGCGCUAAAGCUAAGCCGCUGACUCGGCUCCACGUCCACACGCUGGCCUUUCAGGCCAUGAUUGUGACACACGGCUCCAAGUGGAAGAACACCAUGUCAGCCACUGCCAAGGCCUCCCUCACGGCUAACCGCCACGUCUGUGGCUCUGAUGACAUUGACCCCAGCAAGGCGAGGCUCAUCAUGGACGACUCUUUCUCUGUUAGCCGGCGGGAGGGCAGCCAGCGUAUCGCUCUGCAGGAGACCAGGCCCGUCAGCUGCUGGGAUGAGGAGGACUACGAGAUCUGUGUAGCACCAGUGCUGGUGUGCACUGAGGUUUACCAAACUGCAGGCGGAGGUGACAACGUCUCAGCUGCCGGCCUGGUGCUGCAGAUCUAGAGAAGGACACUAUUGUCUAUCUGUGUGUAGUGCUAACUACAUGUUGGCAAACAAUGUGUCUCUGGAAACUUGAUCUACCCGGCAAACACGGGUACUCAUUGAGAAAUUUAUCAGGCUAUUGCUGUCGCCCUGGCAACUAGUGGUGGAGCAUAGGGAGAACUAAUUAUCAUUCAUGGGAGUCACAUGAUGGGUUCAGUGGUUAUUUAUCAGGUUAGAUCACCAGAUCUGAACUGUAUGGGCUCAUUUUUGAGGUGGGUGCAGUUAAACACGGGUGUGUGUGUGUGUGUGUGUGUUGUGUGUGUGUGUGUUAUAGUAUAGUAUCUAUUUGCACUGUUUUUGCCUGUCGACCCUUUUGCAUCCAGUUCAUUUGAUUUGUUUUAACCAAAGCUUUGAAGGAGACACUGUCCUACUUUGAUUCAACACGCCCAACAUCUUUGCCUCGUCAUUGUUGCCCAUCAUCUGACUCCUGUCUUCCUCUUCUUCUCCAAGCCCUUAUUACAAUUGGCCUUCAGUUAGGAUUAGAUAAAAGAGGGAUGAGGUUCGGAUAAAGUCCAUAAAUACCAACUUUUGUUUUGGUUAGAAGCUGACAAAGCUUCAGCUGUAGGAUAAAUUCUCCUGGUGUCAUUUAAACCUGUGACUCCACUACGCAGCAACCUUCUCCAGAGUUGUGUAAAGGGGACAUAAUAUCAUGAAGAACUCACUUUCUCAGUGCUUGUGCACAGACAUUUGAGUAUCUAAAAAGUAUCAACUUUUGUGGGCUCCUGGAUCAGAAAACAUGGGAUUCAAAAAGCCAUACAGAUUUGCCUCCCCUUCCUAUGUUACAUGCAUGGUUAUUAGAGUAUACCGGCAAAGUACAAGUAUGAACCUGUACAUGAAAAGGCCCUGUCCCGCCUCGUUCCUCUCCUAUCUCAUUCUUUAAGGCAAAGAGAUUUAAAAUAGAAAGCUAGUGAGGUUUUCGCCUCCUUUAAUUCCUAAUAUAUGUGAAAAAUGUGCGAGCCUGUUUUGAUGUGUUUUUAGAUUUUCAUUCCUCUGUGUUCACUGCAGUGCAAUAAUGCAAACAUGAUGUUAAGAGACCACUGAUGGAAGCUGGAUACGAUGUCAAAGACUUCUUCUCUACCUCCAUGCUAUUUUUGUUUCCUCCUUUUACUCUUUUCUCUGUUACUUUGUCAAACGUUUCUAUUAUGUUCUAGCUCUUCUUGUGUUUGUUUAUGGCUCUUUAAGGACCAAAUAACCCGUGUGGACUGAAGCUAUCGUGUUUAGUCCCAGAUCCUCUUAAUCUGUGGAGUAUUGGACCACUCAGUAGAUAUAAUGUAUUAGUCUUUAUCUUACUUGUAGGAGGAUUCUCCCCUAAUGAGAUAAUGAAAGUACGGCCCUGCCUCUUAUUAGACAUCUUUUCCCAUUUCACUCUUUUCAGGGUUGAAAUCACUUUUAUUUGAAACUGUAUGCGACUCCAUUAAAUGGGAUUUAUGCCAUUUUUCUUACUAUAUACAAAUCAAACAUUCCAGCACAAAUUCAGCUUCAGUUCUUUGCUCCAUGAAAGUAUGUUUGUGAAUCACACUUCAACAUGCAAAGUGGAGUAUUUAUUUUCUUGAUGUUUAUCUAACCGUACUCGUCAAAGCCCCCUUUUCACAGAGGAACACACGUAUUCAUGUUACAAUGCAACAAGUAUGAGCUAAAUAAAUCCCUUUAAAUCUUCCCUCUGUGUAUCAGCACUACUGAUUGGAUGCUGUUGUUUGAUUAUGCUAAACGGCAAAUGAGCCUUAUUCUGUUUUCACUUUUGGUGUUUAGCAAAAAGGGAAUGUUUAAUACAGACUUUUUCUAUUACUUUAGGCGUAUGUUUUAUUUUCUUUGUCUCACACAGUGACUGGAAGACGAGAGCAACGGGUCGUGUUUUUACUGUGAAAUGAAUUUGUUUAAAGCAGAACUUCAGCAUGAAUUCAUGUGUUUGCUACCAUAUCACAUAUUUAUCUAAGCUUUAGAUGAGUCAUGUCAUCCACAGCUGUGUAACUUUUUAAUGCAUGUUAACUAUUCAAUGCAGAAUCACCCAAGAUAAAAUGCUACGCUGAUGAAGCA